AUGGCUACCAAACCCAUCAUGCUUGCUCACCCCCUGAUCAGCCAGCAAUCGGUAUCCCUUCCCAGCUCGUGCGUCUUCCGUCACGCUCGAGUCGGUGGGAGAUGGUAUCUGCCUGAUGCGUUAGAUUACGGCGGAAGCUCCACGGCCGAGUAUCAGACUCCCUCUUUCGAGACCUUGCGAGCAUCGAACGAUCAUUCCUCCCAGCGGACCUCCCCUCCCGGUCCCAGUCGCGCUCCGCUGAGCUCCGCCGAGAUCGUGGCCGUCUGCACCGCCGCCCGGCAAUCCGUGGAGCAUUGCAGACCUUCUCCCCCCGCUGUCCACAGGAGGCACAAGCGAUAUGGCAUUGCCCGCAGCGAGGAUGGGCUGAAAGAGAUUGAUACACGGUAUGAGCAUAAAGAAAUCUGGUGGCAUAUCACGGAGAAAGAAGCGGUGGUCAACUUCCGAGCCGCAAUCGCAGCGGACAGCAGUGCUUCGACUUCGCCGCUGCCGACUGCCAGCGGUGGCACGCACCUGUGCCUGAAAUGA